AUGUACUUCGAUUCUCCAAUCACAGAAAGUUUUAUGUUUCUAACAAAUUUGUACCUUAUCUCUGAUUUGGUAUAAUAAGAUACGUCACUUCUGACUGUCGACACAAAAGAAAAUGGCGGUAAAAUUUUAAAAGGAAACUACACGUGUAUUACUUUUCGAUUUAUGUGAUUACGAUGUUAACCGAAAAAUUAAUCUUAAGUCGUACAGAAAAGUCAUGUUUAGAAGACGUGGAACAUUUAAAUUUAUCAAACUUGGAUAUUGGAGAGUUAAAUCCUACUUUGUUUACGUCAUUAAUUAAUCUAAAAACUUUAGAUGUAUCCAGAAAUAGAUUACGUUCUUUGAAAGGAAUUGUUUUGUGUAAAUUAGUGAAAUUAAAAUGCGAGGAUAAUAUGAUAUCCGACAUUCAAUUUCUUAAAAACUUUCCUAAUUUGGAAGAAUUGCAUAUAACUGGAAAUCCCUUAAUGCAUGCCGACAGAUACAUUGCAGUAUCAAUUUUGCCAAAAUUGAGAAAAUUGGAUGGGAAAUCUUGCACAGAUCUGAGAUCAAUGGACCAGAGAGUAGAAAGUAGAUUAUGCCCUUUGAUAAUAACAAUUUGGGAAUCUCAAUUUGCUAAUAAGUUAUGUGACGGAAUGACCGAAGCAGAACAUCAGGAUCUCCAAACUCAAUUCUCUCGUUAUUUGCGAAAGGCAACUUUGACCUGCCCCGAAGUUCCCAAUAAAUUUAGAUGUUUUAAGAUCGAAUCUAUGGGGACGGAAAUUUUCAAUGCAGCGGUGAGGAGAUUAUCAGGCAUUCGUCAGUCUCCCAGAAUUUGCACGCCAAAAUCUCAUACGGAUUUGAUGUCGCCUUCUAGGAAACGGCAGAGUUCUGUCGAAUGUUCACCAAGUAAAUUGGCAAUAAAAAGAAAAUUAUUUACCAAUUCACCAUUAAAACAAAAGAAUGUUUGUAGUGUUACUAAUAAAAAAGAAAAUUUACUAAAUAUAAGUGAAAAAAACAUAUCAAGUAAUUUAAGAACUCCUCCUAGAUCAUCACCAAGAAAGAUUUCUACUGAAACAACAAAAAAGUUUCCUUUCAAUCUAAACUAUAAACCGCUUCAUUUUCUUCGUUGUCAUUCUGUGCAAAACGAUCCGGAAGACUGCAAGACUCAAGUGUGGAAAGCUGUCUUUGAACCAGACAUUAUCAGUCCAGGCCGAACGACAAACAUCGUUGCCACGUGCGGAGGAAACAUCAUCUGCUUAAUAGACUGCUCUUCCGGAAGAGUUGUAAAACGCUACAAACACCCAAAUUUGACAGAGGAAUUCUUUACCCUGGACUGGACGGUGGUGAUGAUCGGCACGAACAAGACGACCCUUCUGGCUGCUGCAGGCUGCAAUAAAGAAAUUCACCUACUUCAUCCCUCUCAGUUGGUCUGCUAUUGCAGUUUCAAAGCUCACAACAGAGCAGUGAACUUUAUUUUGUUUCACCCGACAGAACCUACCUGGUUAUUCAGUGGAGGGGCCGACAAGAAAAUUCACCUGUGGAAUAUCGGAAUACCGAACUGUCCAGAUUACAACGAAAAGGUCGAGAAAUUACUGACUCUAGAACCGGAGAUGGAGGUUGUCCAGAUGGCAUUUUUGUCAGUCCGCAAUCUGUUGUUAGUCGCGUGCGAUGGAGGCACACUUGUCUGGAAUGUCGAUGGGGAUUUGCACGAAGUACCGAGGAAAGGCAAGCAGUUUGAAUCAAAAUUUACCAAUAGAGGUGGCAAAGAAGAGCAUUUACUCUUUGAUGGAUUGAACAUUCUAUCUGCAGACACUUUUGCUCUAAAAGCUGCCAAUUCUGGAGAAAUUUGGAUCUGCAGCACAAAAGAAAUAAUAAAACAAAAACAAAUUCCAAAUCAACAACUAAAAUACAUCUAUAAAACAAUUUAUGAAUGGAAUGGCUGUUCUACAGAUUACAUAUCAAUGGGAUGUUGCAUUGACAGCAAGAAUGGUUCUGCCCUGUUGGCAUGUGGGGACGAUGUGGGUGGGAUACGUCUGUAUGCGGUUGACAUCCGGCCGACCAAACUGGUGGUUUCCGAGAGAAAAUCUGCAGCCUCCAUCUUGCUGUGGCCCAGACUCCUGUCUGAUCCGGCAUCAAGGUAUAAAGUACCUCUACCGGACACUGAGAAAAUAUGUGUUAAUUCUGUUGCCUUUAACUGGAAUGGACAGUAUUUAGUUGCUUGCACUGAUAAAAAUUUGUUUUGUAUUUGGAAGACCAAUUAAUAAUCAUUGAGUCAACUCCAUAGACAGUUUCUCAGAGAGGGUCGCCAG